UAAUUUUUUUCCUUGAUUAGGUACACCGUACACCGACCGAAUUUGCAUAGUAACGUCUUCGGAGCAUCUUCUGGAUCGGCUGGAACUCGUCUAAGCCUACUACAGAGGACCAGGAGCCAUGGAAUUCACCGCCGCCGCAGUAGCCACCGACGAUGAAGUUGAGUUCGAGUUUCCCCCACUCUUCCGGACAUACCGCAGCGGCCGCGUCGAGCGCUUCGGUGGCACGGACAAGGUCUCUCCAUCACUGGACCCGGCAACCGGCGUUGAUUCCAAGGACGUCAUAAUCGAUCCCUCGACCGGGGUAUUCGCCCGCCUUUACCUCCCACCCGCCACCGCUCCCGGCGGAAAGCUCCCCAUCCUCUUUUAUAUUCAUGGCGGCGGCUUCUGCAUCGAGUCCUGCGCCUCGCCCCUGUACCACCGCCACCACAACGCCCUCUCUUCCCUAACUCCGCUCCUUUCUGUCUCCAUUGACUACCGCCUCGCUCCCGAACACCGUCUCCCCGCCGCUUACGACGACUCAUUCACCGCCCUUCGCUGGGUCUUUUCCCAAACUGAUCCGUGGCUAGCUCAGCACGGCGAUUUCAGCCGGGUCUUCGUGGCUGGCGACAGCGCCGGAGCAAACAUUGCCCACCAUGUCGCGCUUCGGGCAGCGGCGGAGGGGUUGGCCAUCAAGGGACUAGCUUUGAUCCACCCCUUCUUCUGGGGAUCCGUUCCGGUGGGCUCGGAACCCACUGAGCCUGAUUUCCGGGCACCCCAUGACCGCUUCUGGAAGUAUAUUUUCCCGGAGACGGAAGGGAUGGAUGACCAUAGGAGGAACCCGGUCGCCGACGGUGCGCCAAGCCUUGCAGAUCUGAAGUGUGAGCAAGUUCUAGUCACAGUCGCCGAGAAGGAUGUUUUGAGGGACAGGGGAACUCUUUACUACAAGAAACUUAAUGAGAGCGGGUGGAAUGGCGAGGCCGAGCUGUUCGAGUCCCAGGAGGUUAGCCAUGUUUUCCACCUCUUUCAUCCAGAGACCGAGCUGGGAAAGGCCAAGAUUAAUAUGUUGGUUGAUUUCUUCCGAAAGUAGUAGCUCUGAUUUUCUACUCCCAGUGCCUUGAAAUAAGCUUAAUUAGUCCUUCAAAUGGAUAUGAUAUUGGUAUUUCUUACGCUAAGACUACAUCAAUAAGCAUUUUGGCUUGCAAUCUGCUAUGUGAUUUGACUUAUAAGUUCUGCUUAUUUGCUAUAUAUUUAAGUUGCUCUGUUA